ACAAGCUAUCUGCUGUAAGUUGUAACAAAUUUUGUAAACUAAAUCGAGAGUUUUCUUUUAAACGUAAAGAAUUGUCUCAUUUUCUGUUGAAAUAAAAUAUUUUUUCCGAUUUUCUGAUCCUUGCUAUCUAUUCCUUAAAAAAACGUCGCACAAAGUGCGUUCUUUUAUUCACCGACAGCAAGUGAAAACCGUUCAGCUAUGAGGUUCCUGUAGGAAUUAUCGUAUAAUCGGAAUACUCGCCGUAUUCAAAACCGAUAUAAAGUUAUCGAAGUGACAAUGAACAACAUAAUGUCGUGGAGCGCGGAGGACGAGGCGACGAUCGCGACGAACACGGACGCCACGGAGUGCAAGCGCUGCGCCGUGGAGCUCGGAUACUGGAAGGACGAGUACAUCGCGUACUUCGCCAAGCACGUCGACCGCAAGGCGCCCGAGAUCAACCGCGGCUACUACGCUCGCGUCAAGGCAAUGGAGAUGUUCAUCCAUCAGUUCCUAGAGCGCUGUGGAACCAAGUGUCAGAUAAUAAAUUUGGGUUGCGGAUUUGAGACCCUGUACUGGAGGCUGAAGGACACCACACAGGCCGUUAGCAAUUUCAUAGAACUGGAUUUUCCUUCUGUCACCAACAAAAAAUGUCACAUUAUCAAAAGAAACAAACAACUGCUGGAGAAAAUUUGUAAAGAGGACGGCGAGGUGGUCAUCCGCUCGGGCGACCUGCACGCGGACGGCUACCACCUGCUGGGCUGCGACCUGCGCAGCGUGAGCUCGGUGCGGCGCGCGCUGGCGGCGGCGGGCGCGCAGCCGGACGCGCCCACGCUGCUGCUGGCCGAGUGCGUGCUCGUAUACCUGCGGGCGGAGCCGGCGCGCGCGCUGCUUCGCCACCUGGCCGAGGCAUUCUCGCGUUGCGUGCUGCUGGUGUACGAGCAGUGCAACCUGGGCGACAAGUUCGGCGAGGUGAUGCUGCGGUCGCUGGGCGCGCGCGGCGUGGCGCCGCCAGACGAGCGGCAUGCGGCGCCGCCCGCCGCGCAGGCGGCCGCGUUGCGCGAGGUGGGGUUCGACACGGCGCGCGCAUGGGACAUGGAGACGGUGUGGCGCGCGCUGCCGGAGGAGGACCGCGCUCGCGCGGAGGCGCUGGAGAUGCUGGACGAGCGCGAGUUGCUGCUGCAACUCAACACGCACUACGCGCUGUGCGUCGCCACGCGCGGCGACCUCUUCGCCGACAUGGACCUCAACGCGUAGGCGACACUUUUCUCCGGAUACUUCGUAUUCCUCGCUUUGUCCCAGUGUAUCUGUAAAUAUUUCGGUGUCCGCCGCCACCGCGGUGCGUAUUACAUUUGUCUGAUCUAUUUUAUCAUUACUCGUAAGUGUUAAAUAUUUAUUUAUGAUAUAAAAUAAAUGCUACACGAUGA